AUUUUUCCACGAACUAGUAACACAGAGCAAGAGCAUGGCGACGCCACCAACGGACCUCGAGUUGACGUACUUCGACAUGCCUGGGCGAGGGGAGUUCAUUCGAUUGCUCAUGUCGUACGGUGGAAUUCCAUUUCAAGACGAGCGGAUCUCCUUCAAGGAGUGGGGUGCGAAGAAAGCCGUGUUGGAGUUGCCAUUUGGUCAAAUCCCAACUUUGAAAGCGAACGGCGUGAUAUACGCGCAAAGUCUGGCCCUGGCGCGCUAUGCAGCCAAGUUGGCGGGACUGUACCCGACGUCGCCGUUGUUGGCACUGGAAGCCGACUCUUUGGUCGACGCUAUUUUGGAAAAUUGGGAUCUAUACAGCGACAUUGUGUACAGCGACCUCGACGCAGCCUCCAAGACAACCAAGAUGGCCAAAAUCGAGACUUCGGUGUUCCCUCAGCUCUUUUCAGCGUUGAACAAGCGUAUGAUUGGGCUGUACUUCACAGGUGCGGAACCCACGCACGCCGACAUCUACUGGCUCGAUUUCCACGAGCAUGCACUAGCUGAGUUUCCAGAACUCAUCAAACUCUUGACCAACGACUACCCCAAGCUUGCUGCGAUAGUUGAACGUCUUCGUUCCAGCAGCCAGCUAGCCGAAUACAUGAAAUAGGGAUUUACUAAGGGCCAGUGUGGCAACCUGAAAUAUUAGGGUGUCUCUGGAGUUUGUAUGUAAAAUACUUUAUUAUUGAGGUAACGUUAACGUUAGGAUGCGUCGAUAACAUUUCAAAAAUAAUAUUCCA